AUGGCUCCAGAGAAUAAUAACUGGUUAUCUUUUUCUCUGUCUUCAAUGGAAAUGCUCAACUCUUCUUCUCCUCAGUCUUCUAAUAUGCUUCAAUCUGCCGACUCAAAUCAUUACUAUUUUGCUGAUAAUAACUUCUUCCCCCACGAUGCUGAGGAAGUAAAAGUAGGAAAAAGACAAGAAAAAUGCAACCGUGUGGUCUUAUUUCGAAUAUAUANCUCAUUGAUUUUUUAUUCACAAAUACACCAACAGCAACAGCCGCCGAAGCUUGAGGAUUUUCUCGGCGGCGAAACGACUGAGACUCAAGAUUCGUCGUUGACUCACAUGUAUGACCACGGUGGCUCAGCCGCCGGCGCCGGUUACUUCAACGGUGGUUUUCAAACAUUCUCGGCUAACUCGGCUUCAGAAGUUGAUGACUCACAUGUUAUGGGUACUGAGUUUGCUACUGAAUCGAGUAACGAGUUGGGUUAUUCACAGUAUCCUACUGGUGCUUUGUCUUUGGCUGUUAAUACUACUACAACAACCUCGGAAAAAGCUAUUGUUGCUGUUGAUUCUGAGAAUUGUAAGAAAAUUACUGAUAAUUUUGGUCAAAGAACUUCCAUUUACAGAGGUGUUACAAGACAUAGAUGGACAGGAAGAUAUGAAGCGCAUCUAUGGGAUAAUAGCUGUAGAAGAGAGGGUCAAGCUAGAAAAGGGCGUCAAGUUUACUUGGGUGGAUAUGACAAGGAGGACAAGGCAGCAAAAGCUUAUGAUUUAGCAGCUCUAAAGUAUUGGGGUCCAACAGCUACUACCAAUUUCCCAGUUUCAAAUUAUACUAAAGAAUUGGAGGAUAUGAAGCACAUGACCAAACAAGAAUUCAUAGCCUCUCUAAGAAGGAAAAGUAGUGGUUUCUCGAGAGGAGCUUCUAUUUAUCGGGGCGUUACAAGGCAUCAUCAACAAGGUCGUUGGCAAGCGAGAAUUGGCCGUGUUGCUGGGAACAAGGAUCUGUAUUUAGGAACAUUUGCUACUGAGGAGGAAGCAGCAGAAGCGUAUGACAUAGCAGCAAUAAAAUUCAGGGGAGUGAAUGCAGUGACCAAUUUCGAAAUGAAUCGAUAUGAUGUCGAGGCCAUUAUGAAAAGUGCACUCCCUAUAGGCGGAGCAGCAAAGCGGUUGAAGAUCUCCCUCGAGUCGGAGCAAAAACCAUCAUUGAACAAUAACUACCAACAGCAGACUCAAUGCAGCAGUGUCAACAGCAGUAGCAUCAAUUUCGGGCCAAUUCCCCCUGUUUCCGCUAUCCCUUGUGGAGUUCCAUACGAUGCGAACCAACCCUUUUACCAUCAUAGCUUCUUCCCCCACCUUCCGUACUCCAACAACGGCGGUGCAUCUGAUACUUCUGGUGCGAUGACUAAUAUGAUAGCUGCAAUGCCAUUACUGCAAUCACCAGCCGAGAUCUUCAUCUGGCCUCAUCAGUCCUAUUGAUCUUGCAAGAUAAGAUAAGCUCAGGUAGCAACAACAACAACAGCGACAACAAACUCAAUGGAUUCCCACAAGUGGGAUAUGAGGAAAAGCUCUGGUAGCGUACUCUGCAAAUUCCUUUAGGCUAAUUAAAAUUAACCUCGUUGCCGUCAUGUAUUGGUUCUAAGCUGGCCCUAUUUCUAACUUGCUUAAGUGUUAGCAUUGGCUGAAAAAAUUCAUGAAAUGUGGAAGAUGAAUAGCUUUUGUUUUUUUACUUAAUAGGUAGAAGGUGGAAAUAUUGUAAAGUAUCUUAUUUUCAACAGCUGCAGUAGUAGAUGCAUGUUGACAGGUACUUAAUUAGGGUUUGGGGUACGUAGUGCACUCUUGUGGGAAAAUUUUGUUUUUCUUGCUUCCUCAUCUUCACGAGUUGCUCUUAGUACAACAUAUGACUUUGUUGAAUUAUGUGCGGAUCAAAUUGACAAAAAAGAACGAUAUAUAACAGUUUUUCCAUUUCGGA